UGGAUGUGAACCUCUGUUGAAGCACAAAGACGAACUCUGGAUGGUGGAGAAAGAAGUGGAAAGGAAGUUUGUUCAGAAGAAGCUUGAGAAGAUGAUGAACAGAUAGAUUGGCAACAAGACUUGGGAGACAAGUUGCAUCCAGCUUCAAUAAAGUAGAGACAAAAAAAGCAGUGACUAAGAAAAUUGGAAAAGUGCUUCCUUUGAUAUCAGACUAUCUUUUAAGGCAACAGCCUUUUCAACCUAGAGUUUGAAACACAAUUUAGAGUUAGUUGUGUAGGAAAGAAUCAUCGAUUUAAAUAGUGUGGAAAUCUUCCACAGCUUACUCCUUGUAGUGAUAACCCUUUUUGUAAAAGGGUAUAAAAUCAGUGUGGAAAUGCCUUCUUUAAAAAUUUGAACCCCACAUGAUAUCAGAGCAUUCAUACUGGAGAGAAAACCUAUGAAUUUGCUGAAUGUGGGAAAACUUUCAUUUGUAUGUUGCACCUCAUUCAAUGUUGAAGUCAGGCUGGAGAGAAGUCCUGUGCUUCUAAAGAAUAUUGAAAAUCCUUUACCUAGAUAACAUCUCAUUGAGCAGAAGAAAAUUCAUACUGGAGAGAAAUCAGUGAAGGUUAGAAAUUUCACUGAAUAUUUAGAAAAUUUAGAGUUAGAAAGCUCUGAAUGUACUGAUUAUGAUAAAGUUUUCUCUUGAACCUUAUCUCUUACUCUACAUUUGAAAGGCCAUACACAGAGAAGCCCAGCACAUGUAAGAAAUGUGGAAAUACCUUCAGCUAAAAGUAAAUUUUCAUUCAUCAAAAAAUUCAUACAGGAAAGAAACCUUGUGAAUGUGGGAAAGCUUCCAUUCAGAUGUCACACCUCAGUCAGCAGAGAAUUUGUAGUGGGGAAAACCCCUUUGCCUGUAAGGUAUGUGGGAAAAUCUUCAGCCACAAAUCAACUCUUACUGAGCAUGAGCAUUUUCAUAAUAGAGAGAAACCUUUUGAAUGUAAUGAAUGUGGAAAAGCAUUCAGCCAAAAGCAGUAUGUCAUUAAACAUCAGAACACCCAUACUGGAGAGAAGCUUUUUGAAUGUAAUGAAUGUGGAAAAUCCUUUAGCCAGAAGGAAAACCUUCUUACCCAUCAGAAAAUUCACACUGGAGAAAACCCUUUUGAGUGUAAGGACUGUGGGAAAGCUUUCAUUCAGAAGUCAAACCUCAUCAGGCACCAGAGAACUCACACAGGAGAGAAGCCCUUUAUAUGUAAGGAGUGUGGGAAAACCUUCAGUGGCAAAUCAAACCUUACUGAGCAUGACAAAAUUCAUAUUGGAGAGAAACCCUUCAAGUGUAAUGAAUGUGGAACAGCUUUUGGUCAGAAGUACCUCAUAAAACAUCAAAAUAUUCACACUGGAGAGAAACCUUAUGAAUGUAAUGAAUGUGGAAAAGCCUUCUCUCAGCGAACAUCACUUAUUGUACAUGUGAGAAUUCAUUCAGGUGAUAAGCCGUAUGAAUGCAAUGUAUGUGGAAAAGCUUUCUCUCAAAGUUCAUCUCUUACUGUACAUGUGAGAAGCCAUACAGGUGAGAAACCCUAUGGUUGUAAUGAGUGUGGGAAAGCUUUCUCGCAGUUCUCAACCCUUGCUCUACAUUUGAGAAUAGACACAGGUAAGAAGCCUUAUCAGUGUAGUGAAUGUAGGAAAGCUUUCAGCCAGAAGUCACACCACAUUAGACACCAGAAAAUUCAUACCCAUUAAAAUCCUGUGGAUAUCAUGAAAGAUGUUCAUCAGGAAUUUACACCUUAUAACACAUCAGAAAUAAUCAUUCUGAAGGAAGGCAUCACAAAUGAGGGAAGCAAAAACUAAAAACGGACACCAGAGAAUUCAUCUUGAAGAGAAAGACAUUUGUGUGAUUAAAAUCCUGUAUCCAACAAAAAACAUACUGCAAAGGUAAUACUGAAAACUUUAGAUGCAUUUCCACUAAAAUUGGGAGUGGAAAACAUUUUUAUGAUUGCCAUCUGCAUGAAUUUGGAGAUCUUCACCAGUGUAAUAAAAACAAAGCUAUAAGUAUUAGAAAGAAAGAGAAUUCUAUGGUAUUGAUUUAGCAGAACAGAAGAGAUUCUGCAAAAACCUAUGCAUUUAUUAGAAUUUAUAACAUAGAAAAGGCAUCAGGAGCUGAGAAGCUAAUGAGACUAUUUUAAAAAGUGCUGUGGAGGUAAUUUGUUCUCCAA